UUCACAGCAAUGGAGUACCUCACAACAGGUAAUUACUGUUUCCCAGCACUCAACUCUUCUUGCAGAAAGGAUGUCAGGUCACCGACGGAAUACUUUAUAAUGUACAUAUUCUUUUCAUUGGUAUCUGUAUCUACCGUCUUCCUAAACCUGCUGGUGAUCAUCUCCAUCUCUCACUUCAAGCAGCUUCACACUCCAACCAACCUGUUCAUCCUCUGUCUGGCUGUGGCAGAUCUAUUAGUUGGUCUGAUUGUUAUGCCUGUGGAGGGCAUCAGAUUAAUAGAAACAUGUUGGUAUUUUGGGGACACUUUUUGUUACAUAUUUCCCUACAUUACCUUUGCAGUUGUUUUUGUCUCAAUGAACAACAUAGUUUUCAUAUCUGUUGAUCGGUACAUUGCGGUUUGUAAGCCUCUGAGGUACCCUGUGAUUGUGACACUCAGGAAAGGAGCUGUCUGUGUAUUUCUGACAUGGUACGUCUCUCUGGUUUAUUCUCUAAUAGUCUUACAUGAGCACCUCAUUCAUCCUGAGCCACGCAGAGCGUGCCACGGAGACUGUCUGAUUAUUAUUAAUCUCCCAAUGAUUGCGUUUGAUCUUGUUUUCGCAUUUAUUGUCCCCUGUUCCAUUGUGAUAGUGUUAAACCUGAAAAUAUUCUGUACAGCUAUGCAGCAGGCACAGGCGAUCAGCUUGGUCACAGAAAGAGUAAAGGCUGCUAAAGAAGACAGAAUGACUAAGAAAUCCAGCAGCAAAGCAGCAAAAACCAUAGGGAUACUUGUUACAGUUUAUUUGCUUUGCUAUAUGCCUAUAUUUGCCAGCCUUCCUUUUCAAGGACACUUUACGUCAGCAUCGCUUGUUGCAAAUUCUCUUCUUUGGAUGUCUCUUUUGAACUCCUGCAUAAAUCCAAUAAUAUAUGCAUUGUUUUAUCCAUGGUUUAGGAUAACAACAAAGCACAUCGUCACCCUUGCAAUACUUGAUCCAGCUUCCUCUUAUUUUAAUGUAUAUCCAGAAUUCUCUUAA